GUCUGGCCCGUGUCCAAAUUAAAAGGUGAUCCCAAGCACACAACUGUGAAUCCCGCAAUCAUUAGUCCCCAGCCCCGCGACCGAGUCCCAAAAUCGCUCGUCGAAUGGCGCCCAACCAGCACGACCUCGAGCGGAUUCGCCAGCAGAUCGUGUUGGCCAACAUCCAGGAGCUGAUCCAGAAGAUGACGCAUCGCUGCUUCGACGUAUGCAUUGCCAUGCCGGGACUGGAGUUGCGCUCCACGGAGCACGACUGCCUGGCCAACUGUAUGGAUCGGUUCAUGGACUCGGUUCAGGUGGUGUCGUGUCAGUAUUUCCGACGCCGGCGUCGCCAUCAGCAAAUCCGUUUGACCCGCUCCUCCGCCUCCAUCGCAUCACCACCCGCAUCCGCAUCCACUUUCAUACCCAAACCCCCAGCCACAACUGCAUCUGAACCCGUACCUAGUGCCUCCAAUGAGGAAAAGGUCAAAUGAUGCCCAAAACUAGACAGAUGUCCAUGUGUGGAGUUCAUAGCAAGCCCAUAACCAAAGGCAUAUGUUCCGUCGUAACCCCAGAUCCCCAGUGCACCUGGCCGAUGGCCACUUGUCUCACUGGGCCCCAAAGCUUUCGAGGAUGAUUUAAUACUUCGAAGCCUUUGGGAGUGCAGAAAUGGGUCGUCUAACUGUAAAUGGAAGUGGAUUCUCUACAGGAGUGGCCAUCGAUGAUGCCUUCGCGUUGGUUCUUAACAAAUCCCUAGUAGUGUCUUUGGUAAAUGACGUUUGGCAGAAUAUAAAGAUGUCCUUUGUUAAAGGCUCUCUCUAAAA